AUGCUAGCGUUUAGCAGCAGCUUUAUUCGACGUGAAGCUGAACUGUGCAGCAGAUUUUGCUGGUGCCUGUCGAAGCAUCGCUUGUUACUCAUCCUGGUUGUUAUUUUAUUCAUCAUGUGGCAAGUGUAUGCGUACUUCCGUUACUCCUUGGCCGAAUUUACGCAAAGAGUAUCCAACAAAGACCUGAAGAUCCUCAACGAAACUCUCCUCAUCUUCAUUCAAGCAGCGGAAUCAGCCAAUCUCACUUACUUUUUGUAUGGUGGCAGCCUCCUGGGAUCUUACCGCCACCAUGGAAUCAUACCAUGGGAUGACGAUGUUGACGUCAUGAUGAACUCCUCACAGAAAUCAUUAAUUGAACAGACAUUAAGAGAAUAUAAGCCUCGGUUUGGUGUUUAUACACACCCCAAGACACAAUGGAAAUUCUAUUAUGCUAAUACAAAUACUUUAUUAGACAAACCCUUCCGAUGGCCAUAUGUUGAUAUAUUCUUUUUCCAGGAGGACAAGGAAUAUAUCUGGGACGAGUUACCGUCGUUCAAGUCUUCGUAUACGCUAAAAAAGUCUAAAGUAUUCCCUCUUCGUCGUCGCCCUUUUAAUGGACUCCUACUUCAGACCCCUUGCAACCCAGAAUCUACUCAUAUCUAUCUAUCUAUCUAUCUAUCUAUCUAUCUAUCUAUGUCUACUCAUAUCUAUCUAUCUAUCUAUCUAUGUCUACUCAUAUCUAUCUAUCUAUCUAUGUCUACUCAUAUCUGUCUACUCAUAUCUAUCUAUCUAUGUCUACUCCUAUCUAUCUAUCUAUCUAUCUAUCUAUGA